UUCAUGACACAUUAGCUGCCCACCAAGAGCUUCACCCCAUCCACUGUCCGGUGAUGAUUGGUGGCUCACCGAAUGGCACGAUUCAAGGAUCGUGCCGUUCUGGCGGCCUUCUAGAUUCUUGGGUCCGCUGCGCUGUGGAUCACCCAAGCUUUUUAAUUUUUUGCCUUCCCAUGGGGAUUAAGUUAUGGGGAGGUAUUAAAGAGGAUGGGGAUCCCCUUUGUUGGUGAUGGCUCAUCAGAGAUUGGCUUUUUGUUUUGAAGAACUGAGUCGGAAUCAUGAGUAACGACGAUCUCAAGGGUCUUGAGCCCAAGGCUAACAAGACUAACUAUGUCGGUUCAGACAGCGAAGAGGGCCGUCUUCAACACGCCGCCGAUAACAAACGCCAGAUCGGUGUUCUGAGCGCGUCUAUGCUCAUCUUCAACCGUGUCAUUGGAACCGGUAUCUUUGCUACACCCGGCUCUAUCCUCGCUCUUCUCGGCAGUCCAGGUCUUGCUCUCAUCAUCUGGGUAGUCGGUUCCAUCAUCGCCGCUGCUGGUACGGCCGUGUACCUCGAAUGGGGAACCGGUAUCCCCAAGAACGGUGGUGAGAAGAAUUAUCUCGAGUUCAUCUACCGCAAGCCCAAGUUCCUCGUCACCGGCAUCUACGCUUCGUACAUUCUUCUCAUGGGCUGGGCUUCUGGUAACUCUGUCGUCUUUGGAGAGUAUAUCCUCCAUGCUGCGAAUACCGAGGUUGAUCGCUGGAACCAGCGUGGUAUUGGUCUGGCUUGUAUCACCACUGCGUUCCUCAUUCAUGGAUGUGCUCUCAAGUGGGGUCUUCGUCUUCAGAAUGCUCUCGGUAUCAUCAAGCUCUUCAUCGUCUUUAUCAUGAUCAUCUGCGGUUUUGUCGCCCUUGGCGGUCAUCUCAAGACUGACGAGAAGCCCAACAACUUCAAGAACGCCUUUGAGGGUACUACCGGCAGCGCUUAUGGUGUUGUCACUGCUCUGUACAACGUCAUCUGGAGUUUUGUCGGUUACAGCAACGCCAACUACGCCCUCAGCGAGACUCGCAACCCCGUGCGAACCCUCAAGAUCGCUGCUCCUACUGCCAUCAUCUCCGUCUCGAUCAUCUACAUCCUCGUCAACAUCGCUUACUUCGCUGCCGUCUCCAAAGCUGAGAUCAUUGCCUCUGAGCGUCUCGUCGCUGCUUCGCUCUUCCGCAACGUCAUGGGCCCUGCUGCUGAGCGCGCCAUGUCUGUCUUUGUCGCUCUGUCGGCUUUCGGAAACGUCCUCAGUGUCAUCUUCUCUCAGGGUCGUCUUGUCCAGGAGCUCGGUCGCGAGGGUAUUCUGCCCUUCUCUCGUCUCUGGGCCAGCAACCGACCUUUCAACGCUCCUCUCGCUGGUCUCUUUGAGCACUGGGUCAUCUGCGUUAUUGUCAUCCUGGCUCCUCCUCCUGGAGAUGCCUACAACUUCAUUCUCAACCUCAUCUCUUACCCUCUCGCGAUCGUCAACACCUUUGUCGCUGGUGGUCUCGUCCAUCUCUACCUUCACGGCGCAAAGUACAACUGGAACCCUCCGAUCAAGGCGACCCUCCCCGUCACCGUCUUCUUCCUUCUCAGCAACAUGUACCUGGUGAUCGCACCAUUCAUCGCUCCCGACGAUCCCAGCCAGAACCAGUACAAGAGCAUGCCUUACUACAUCCACUGCGUUGUCGGUAUCGCUAUCUUGGUCGCGGGUGCCUUCUACUGGCUCAUCUGGGCUGUCAUUCUUCCCAAGAUUGGUGGUUAUAGGCUUGUUCGCGAGACUCAUGUCGAUGAGAUUGAUGGCUGGGAGUCUAACCGCUUCCAUCGGGAACCUAUUAACAAAUAAUUGUAAUUGCUUUGAGUUGUCAGCGUCUUUAGACUAGAUUAAUACCCAAAUUGCUGCUUGUUCAACACAACAAUUGACUUUCACCUGAUGAUCUUCGUGGUCCACAAUUAACCGUGAUGCUGCAUGUAAUCGAGCUAUGACUAAGAAUG